AUGAGCGAUCAAGCGUGUCUGUUGAGCCAGUCCACCAGUCUGUUGACGGCAGUUCUGGCGGCAGUGCUGGUGGUGUUCAUGCUGACCUUCCUGGUGCUGUACAAGUACCGCUGGCACAUUCGCCUGGCGCUGUACGAGGCUUUCCGAGUAAACCCGCAACGACGACGACGACAACCUGAACGCGAGUACGAGUAUGAUGUGUUCGUGUCGUACGCCAACGAAGACGUGGACUGGGUGAGACAGGAACUCAUACCGACACUGGAAGGGAGACACGGGCUGAGGCUGUGCAUCCACCAGCGAGACUUCCCUGUCGGCGGCAACAUCAUCGACAACAUCAGCACCUGUGUGCACGCGUCCAAGCGUGUCCUCUUUGUGUUGUCGCCGCACUUCGCCAGGAGCCGCUGGUGUCAGUUUGAACUGGUGUUCUGUCAAAACUACGUCAUGGAACGCGAUGACGUCCUGGUGCUGACGCUGCUGGCGCCCAUUAGCGGUCGUGACAUGACUGACGCCAUCUCCGCCAUGUUUAAGACGACGACUUACCUGGCGUGGGGCGAGGAAGACGACGCGAGAAAGGCUUUCUGGGGUCGUCUGGUGCUGGCUUUCCACGACAUUGUGCCUCGACAGGUGGCGGACAAAGAUCAACAAAAGAAGGCCGACGAACCACAAAAAGUGAAUCUUUCCACAGCUGACUUCCACCAUCUCAACGUUGGACUUUUCCUUCAACAACCUGAACCACCUUCAUUCAGACUUCUUCAGCAAUGUCACCCAGCUUGCUCCAUAAAUCUGACUGGCAACGGACUUUCCUCCAUCGACCAGCAUGCCUUUCGUGGAUUGCAAAAUCUGACUGAUAUAACUCUCGACAACAACAAUCUAGAUUUCUACUCUGUACGACCAGUUCUGAAUGUGUCUUCGUUAGUUGAACUGAGGAUGUCCAAGAACUACAAUGCUACCUACAUUCCUGAAAAAAUAUUCUUGGAGUUUUCAUUACCACACUUGAGUGGCUUGGCUAUUGCUGGAAUCAAUUUGCCAGUUUUACAUAUGAGUGUUUUCAAACCUCUCAAGAAGCUUGUUUUUCUGGACGUGGGUAUCAAUGAUAUACAGAGUAUUGUGGUAGACAGUUUGCCGUCGCUCACUUAUCUCAUCCUCAACGAUAAUAACAUUGGAAAAGACUUUAUACAAACUUGUUACAAUACAAACGAGUCGCUUUAUCCAAUGCUGCGCUAUCUCAGUCUAAGGAAUAACAAUAUUUAUAGCUUAGACCGGCGUGUCUGUUUGCCAAACUUAGAACAUUUAGAGAUUGCAUAUAACAAAUUGUACUUCUUAAGGACAGGUGGUUUCUCGAAUCUUCAAAAGCUUCGACGCCUUAAUUUGUCAGGCUUACGACUUAAAGAAAUCGACCCUCUUGCUUUCGCAAGCGACUCCCUGGAAUUUCUGUACAUGUCAAGUAGUGGCAUUGACUUUUCUAGCGAUUCAAUCAGUGCGCAAAUGUUUGAUCAGUGCCCAAAACUUUCCUUUCUUGAGCUAGAUUACAAUAAUUUUUCCAAUGUCACCGACGCAAAAGUUCAACAACUUUUUCAUCGUAUCCCCCUGCUUACUAGGGUCUACCUGGGUAAUUCAAGAAUCAAAACUAUCACAUCUGAUACAUUUAAAGAUAUUCCCCACGUUAAGGUAUUGAGUUUGUAUACAAACGCAAUCGAAGAUCUUCCAGACGGCGUCUUCGACCAUCUCGUCAACUUGAUAAUCCUUCGUCUUAACGACAAUCGUCUGUCAGAGAUAAGGGAGACCACCUUCAGUGUCAACACUCGCCAACGUCUUCGCCUACUGGACUUGAGCAACAAUCCCUACACGUGCACGUGCAGCUUGAGGUGGUUCACAUCCUGGCUGAUGGACGAAAGUGAAAAAGUUUGUAAACUUUCCGACAGGUUACGUGUGCGCUCUUUUCUCAACCAGAACAGUAAACAAGUGGGGAAAAAAGCUGUCAUGGCGGAUGUCUCUGAGGGCGGCAAGUACAGCAACAAAUGGUCUGAUUUUCCUAAGCGAAAAUCGCAACCAAUCUCACGACAUUUCCAGCAGGUAUAUCACCAUCAGCACCACCAGCCCCUAGUCUCAACUCUCACAGAAACAUCAGUUUCUGAAUCACAAGGACAGGUCUUUUUAUCACCUGUGGACACCACCGUUUACCUAUCUGAUUUCUUUCUGAGCGAUCAAGCGUGUCUGUUGAGUCAGUCCACCAGUCUGUUGACGGCAGUUCUGGCGGCAGUGCUGGUGGUGUUCAUGCUGACCUUCCUGGUGCUGUACAAGUACCGCUGGCACAUUCGCCUGGCGCUGUACGAGGCUGUUCGAGGAAACCCGCAACGACAACAGCAGCGACAACCUGAGCGCGACUACGAGUAUGAUGUGUUCGUGUCAUAUGCCAACGAGGACGUGGACUGGGUGAGAGAGGAACUCAUACCGACACUGGAAGGGAGACACGGGCUGAGGCUGUGCAUCCACCAGCGAGACUUCCCUGUCGGCGGCAACAUCAUCGACAAUAUCAGCACCUGUGUGCACGCGUCCAAGCGUGUCCUCUUUGUGUUGUCACCGCACUUCGCCAGGAGCCGCUGGUGUCAGUUUGAACUGGUGUUCUGUCAAAACUACGUCAUGGAACGCGAUGACGUCCUGGUGCUGACGCUGCUGGCGCCCAUUAGCGGUCGUGACAUGACUGACGCCAUCUCCGCCAUGUUUAAGACGACGACUUACCUGGCGUGGGGCGAGGAAGACGACGCGAGAAAGGCUUUCUGGGGUCGUCUGGUGCUGGCUUUCCACGACAUUGUGCCUCGACAGGUGGCGUGAGAAGUAACAACGAGAUGUAAAUAAUCU